AUCCUUUAAAUUGCAAACUAACAACAGAUUGUUUCUUAAUUCCAACGGCCUAUCAGCCUGUCUUUAUUGGUUUACCACCCCCAGGUUUCCAGAACCCCACCAUUAACAGAGCUUAUCUUCAAUAACAGUCUGUAACUGUUCUCUCUCUAUAUAAAGAAAACCCCUGAAAUCUCUGCUUUCCAUAAACCCUUCUUUAAAACGAUCUCCCUGAAUCUCGAUUCAAAAUCAAUUAUUUCUUUCUCUUUUUUUUUUUUCAUGGAGCUGAUUCCUGGUCUCCCUGAUGAUGUCGCUCGUGAUUGUCUUGUUCGUGUCAUGUACAAGCAGUUCUCCACCGUUGUAUCGGUCUGCAAAGGCUGGAGAACUCAGCUUGAGUUGCCGGAAUUUCACCGGCGCAGGAAAGAUACUUGUAAUAUUCAGAAGCUUGUUGUUAUGGCUCAAGCUCGAGUUGAACCAAAGGAAGGUUCCAAGGUUGUGAAAUAUCGGAUUACCCCGGUUUAUCGCCUUACUCUUCUUGAGCUGGAUACUGGUGAUUGGUGUGAAUUGCCUCCAAUUCCUGGGUUUUCCGAUUGCUUGCCGUUGUUUUGCCAGGUGAUGAGUGUUGGGUCUGAUAUUGUUGUUUUGGGUGGGCUGGAUCCGGUGACUUGGGAAGUUUCCCCUUCAGUUUUUGUUUUCAAUUUUGUUUCGGCUACGUGGCGUCGUGGGUCGGAUAUGCCAGGUGUUCGGCGAUCUUUUUUCGGGUGUGCAUCUGAUUCUGAUCGGACGGUGUUUGUCGUUGGUGGACAUGAUGGUGAGAAAAAUGCACUGAGAUCUGGACUGGCAUAUGACGUGGCAAAAGAUGACUGGAAUGCAUUGCCUGACAUGGCAAGAGAACGAGACGAGUGUAAGGCAGUUUUCCACGGUGGCAAGCUCCAGGUUAUUGGAGGAUAUUGCACUGAAAUGCAAGGCAGAUUCGAGAGAGAUGCUGAGGUGUUUGAUGUCGCCGCGUGGAAAUGGAGUCAUAUUCAAGAGAGUUUCUUAGAAGCUGCCAUUUGUCCUAGAACAUGUACAAGUGGUGAUGAUGCGCUAUACAUGUGUCAUGGUGGUAAUGUGUUGGCAUUGAAAGGCACCAUGUGGCAAGCAGUUUCCAAGCUUCCAAGUGAUAUGUGCAACAUUGCUUAUGUGGGAACAUGGCAAGGCAAGUUAUUAGUGAUUGGGUCUGCAGGAUUUGGUGAGCCCCACGUGGCACAUGUGUUGGAUUUGAAGGAAUACAGGUGGACAAAAAUGGAAACAAUUGAGCAGUACUCUGGUCAUGUUCAAGCAGGUUGCUACCUGGAGAUUUAAUACUAGCCUGGAGUACAGAAGUGUACCUAAAUUAAAACGCAGGACGUGUGUUUUGGAGUUGUAAAUACAAGAGUAUUUCCGUUCCAAUGUAAUGCAAGAUUUUGUUUGCUGGCUUAAUAUCACUCGCUUAAUAGAUUCAGUUUUGAAUUUUCAUC